AUGUACCUCGGUGUGUUGCUCACUGUAGCUCUGGUGUUAUCCACUGCUUCUGCCUCGCGUGGAGGUCGCGAGGCAGGCUGCAAGGAGCGUGGCGGUGACCUCGUUUCCUUAAGCCCACCUGAGCUGCUCGAGCACGUCUCCAGGUACAUUGACGCCACGUAUCCAGGUCACAUUGCGAACGAUUACACCUUCUGGGUCGGAGGUCAAACUGUCGGGUCAGGAUGGCAGUGGCUUAAUGGCGACAAGCUGAGUGUCAAGUCCAAUUUGUGGGUGCCCAACCUCCCUCCCAAGAACUCAGACGCCACCUGGUACACCCUCUUGGUUCCUGCUGAUCCCACGACGCCCAGGAGGUACCUCAACGUAGGUGGUCCUUCUAGUCAGUCCCCUGCUUACAUCUGCCAGGCCUAAAGGAGGUGAGGGGGUGAAGCAGAGGCAAGCAGAGGUAAAUAGAGGUAAGCAGAGGCAAGUAGAAGCAAGUAGAAGCAAGUAGAAGCAAGAAGAAGCAAGUAGAAGCAAGCAGAGGCAAUCAGAAGCAAGUAGAAACAAGCAGAGGCAAGCAGAAGCAA